AUCUUUGUUUUGUAAAGAUACGAUAAACCCGAAACUUACGAAAUGACUCGAUGGAUCGAAUAGAUGUUUCUCACUUGUCCAGAGUUAUAUCACUUUCAGUCAAGAUUUCAUAAAAGCCGCACGUCGAACGUUGUAUUCUUGCAUUAUAACCAUUUUGUUUUUUGGAUCUCAUCGAAAAUGGAUAUCAUCGAUAAAGUAGCUAUUGUGACUGGUGGAUUAGGAGGAAUCGGUUUUUCGACCGUGCAGCAUUUAUUGAGGGAGAAAGUUCAGUAUGUUGCUAUUUUCGAUUUACCUGAAUACGACAGUCCACAUGUCGUUGAAGGUUUGAAAAAAUUGGAAGAAGAAUUCGGAAAAGGAAAAUUUGGUUACUAUCAUGUGGACGUGGCAAACACAGAGAGUUUCACUGCUGCUUAUGCAAAGGUUGUGGAGCACAAGGGAUACGUCGACAUUUUGGUGAACAAUGCAGCUGUUGCUGACGACAAAGAUAUCGACUUGACAAUCAACGUUAACUUGACGGCUGUGAUAAAAGGUGUCUUACACGCUGUCGAGCAGAUGGGAGUUCACAAAAACCAUAAGGGCGGCGUCGUUGUUAACAUUGCUUCGUUCCUCGGUUUGGUAAACCGACCAUUGGCUCCGGUAUACAAUGCAUCCAAACACGGAGUUGUUUCGUUUGUUCGAUCAAUGAAGCAACAUAACAAGACCCUUGGAGUCCGGGUUGUUUGCAUAUGCCCAGGCAUGACCAGAACAAACAUGGUCGGUCUUGAUACGUUCCGAAAAACCAUGUUUGAUUUUGUGCCAACUGAAAUGAUAAAAGAAGCAUUAAGUGUUCAAUUACAAAAACCAGAUAACGUAGCCUCCGCCAUUGUAGAGAUCAUAAAGAAAGGAGACGAGGGCGAUGUUUGGGUAGCACAAAACGAUGAGCCGCCAUUCGCUGUGGAAGAGAUAAAAGACGUUGAAAAAAUGAAAAUUCCGUUUUAGGAAAUUAUUUGCAUAAAUGUUAAAUAAGCGUUGAAAGACUUGAUUUUUAUGAAUGAAAUUUGUAUAUUAUUAUAAAAAUAAAUUUUUAUAUUCUUUCUUAA